CCCUAUCACUUGCAACACGUGUUGUAAUCGAACAACUAUUACAACCAAUAAUCAACAUUAUCUCCAAUACAAAAAAUCAGAGACACUAAUGGACAACAAAGUAGUUUUCUGGAAAACCCAUUCCUGCAAUCUCCUGAAAAAUGCCUCCAACGUUCGCAUUCCGCGCCCAGGAAAUCAUAGCGCAGGGAAGAGUCCCGCAGGAAGUGUUCAACGAGUUAAAACAGUGGUGCCAAUCACAAAAACUUCCACCUUUGGCGGACGAACAACUAGUGCUCUUCCUGCUAUCCUGCUACAAUGACUUGGAGGCGUCCCAAAACACAAUUCAUGCACACUUCAAGUGUAAGCUUUCGGCACCCGAGCUGUUUUUCAAUCGCGAUUUUGGGGCCGAAGACAUCCAGAAACCGAUGAAAGUUUGCCAAAUGUCGAUCCUGCCCACAAGGACGGCAAAAAACGAGGCAAUUAUUUUAUGGAGAUUGCAGGACACUUCGUACUCGAAGUUUAAUUUGGAAAAUAUCGUUAAGUUGGUUUUUAUGGUCGGUGAAUUCGUCUGUUAUCAAGAUCCUCCAGAUGGGCUUAUCGUUUUGAUUGACCUUAAAGGGCUGGGUUUGCUGCAUCUGACGAAACUAAGGGUUGGCCCUUUGAGAAAGUUUUUCUAUUUCGUUCAAGAGGGGUAUUCGUGCAAAAUCAGACAAAUCCAUAUUUUCAACACCGUUUAUUUCAUUGAUAAAAUUAUGGUCAUUUUAAAACCAUUAAUGAGCAAGGAACUGUACAAUAUGAUUAAAUUCCACCCAACGAACAUAAAAAUGGACGAAUUUUUCGAACACCAUUUACCCAAAGAGUGCAUGCCUGCUGAUUACGAGGGCAGUUUACCCGAUCAAGCCACCCUGAGCUUGCAAACUUACAACGCGUUUCAAGGGAUGAAGAAAUUUUACAGGGAUGAGGAGGAGCAAGUGAAGGCUUACAAAAUAAUGCAGUAAAAUGUACCACAAUAAAAUACACUUAAAUAAUCAAAAA